AUGCGCGUUCAGGAACUGGUUUUGGACGGCUUUAAAAGCUAUGCCACACGCACGGUAAUUACAGACUGGGACGCGUCUUUUAAUUGUAUCACAGGUCUGAAUGGUAGCGGCAAGUCGAAUAUCCUGGACGCGAUCUGCUUUGUUCUGGGUAUCACGUCUACCGCGACCAUGCGAGCUCAGAACCAACAAGAACUUAUUUAUAAACGCGGCCAGGCUGGCGUCACAAAGGCCAGCGUAUCUAUUGUAUUCGACAAUAGCGACAAGAGUCGGUCCCCGCCCAAUUUUGAGGACUUCCCGACCAUCUCGGUCACUCGUCAAGUCGCCGUGGGCAACACCUCGAAAUACCUUAUAAACGGCCACAGAGCGACCCAAGCAGAUGUCCAGAAGCUCUUCCAAUCGGUUCAACUAAAUGUCAACAACCCGAACUUUCUCAUUUUGCAGGGCCAGGUCACUAAAGUGCUGAAUAUGAAGCCACUGGAGAUUCUGGCUCUAAUUGAAGAAGCAGCCGGAACUCGCAUGUAUGAAACUCGCCGAGAGGUCGCUGUACGUGACUUGACGCGAAAAGAAACAAAGAUCACAGAGAUCAAGUCGUUACUGAAAGAGGAAAUCGAACCGAAGCUCGAGAAGCUGCGAAGAGAGAAACGCGACUACAUGGAGUACCUGGACUGCUUGGCCACAAUAGAUAAAUACGAGAAGAUUCUUGUUACCCAUGACUUUUUGAAAUUAUCCAAUGAGGUUCACAACAGUGCAGAGCUCCACAAAGAAAAACAGGACCGCUUUGACCUUCUCUCCAACACAAUAGACCGAAAAGAGCAGGAGGUGGAAGAAUUAAUGGCUGAACUGGAGUCUCUUAAAGAAAGUCGAACGUCCGCUUUGCCAUCUAACGACUACGUCCAAAGGUCAGAAGAGUUCGAUAGGGAGCUGACCCAAAUACAGACCGAGAUUGAGAUGAAAAUCAACCAGCGAAACGACGAUGAGGCCCGCCUAGCUACAUCACAGGAGCAGCUUGUUCUUGCACAGGAAACAUGCGAAAAGUACAAACAAGAGGUUAAUGGAUUCAAGGCCGAGUUUGAAGACCUAAAGGCCGAGCAUGAAUCGGCCGAGCAGAAAUUGCGACAGAAACAGGAGUUGUUGCGAAGUUUGCAAACGGGUAUUUCAACGUCCAACCAAAAGGAAACAGGUUAUGCCAACGAAGCCAAGCUGGCAAGAGAAAAAAUCACAGAACUCACUACCAGUAUCAGUCAGGCCGAAAAGCGCAAGUCCGAACUAGAAGCAGACCGUUCUCCCAAAGACGUGAAAAAGGCUCGAGAGGAAAUUGAGGAUCUCAAGACAAAACUGCUGAGAAUGGAUGCUGAGCUGUCCCAGAUCGAUGCCCAGAUCGCUACCAAAGGCGGGCCUGAUACAAACCAACUCGAUGAGCUCGUGCACAAAGACAAGAAACUUCGUGAGGAAAUUAAUAACUUGAACCGACAGAUUGAACAAAUAGUGCGGCAGGUCCCGCAGCUCGAGUUCAAUCUACCCGGAUUCGGCAGCGACAUUGUCAAGGGGGUUCUAGUGAAUCUUUACCGUGUCAAACCUGGGCACAAUGAAAAAGUUAUUGCAUUACAACAAGUGGCUGGAGCACGUCAAUAUAACCUGGUUGUUGACUCUGACACCACUGGUCAGAAAAUUAUUUCGAGUGGUAUGAAACGCCGGGUCGUUGUUAUUCCGCUGAACAAGAUCAAGGCCAUGCCUCUCACAGAGGCUCAGAUCAAGGCCGCCAAAGCUCAAGGCGCUCCAGGAGAGGUUGAGUGGGCUUUGGACUUGUUGGAGUUUGAUAAAGAGAUCAGCCCUGCAAUGCUUUAUGUGUUUGGUCGAACUAUGAUUUGCAAAAACGAUGCGAUCGCUAAAAAAGUCACUUUUGGUGGUCCUCGGGUCCGGUCCAUUACCUGGGAAGGUGCGACCUAUGACACAAACGGCACUUUGCAAGGUGGUGAUGUUGGAAGAUCUGGCCGUGACCGUGCAGUUCGCCAAUAUUGCGAGUUGCAGGAUCGUAUCGCUUCUUUCCAGGCACAUCACGACGAGGUUGCGGAGCAAUUAAGCAAACUUCAGAUUCAGGCAGACAGUAUCAAAGAUCUGAAAAAGUCCCGUGAACUCAAAUCUUACGAGCGCGAUCUGUUGGAGAAAAACUUGACCAGCGGCACCGCUGCUCAAGUUAUCAACGCGGCUGAAAGCACUGAAAGCGAGAUUUUGGAAUUGACAGCACAUAUCAGCAAACAAAAAGCCCUUUUAUCUGAAUCCGAAGCCUAUCUUGAAACCGUAUUGCAAGAUAUGAAAGAGUUUUCUUCUAACAAGGACGAAAAGCUUAAUGAACUAAAGAAGGAGGUGGAAGCCCUCAAAUCGAACGAGGUCAGCCUGUCUCAGAAGGUGGCCGAUAAUGAAGCUCGUUACACGCAAAUCCAAAACGAGCUCGUGGAUCUGGAGGGCACAAUAUCCGUCGAAACUGCGCGGAUCGACGAGACUAAAUCUUUGCUCGUUGAAGUAGGCGAGGCGUUGGAGCGUUAUGAUGUUCAACGCCAGUUUCUCAUACGUGAGCAGAGUCAGUUGGAGCGUGAUAUGGAAGCCAUGUGUGAGCAGGUCGCUGAAAUCGCUGCAACCAUCCAAUCUUCAGAGGAGCGCUUGGCUGCUGAAAAAAGGGAGCUUGUGUCUCACCGUCUUGAACUACAGUCACUUCGACAUGAGCUGGCAUCAUACGAAAGCCAGCUUGGUGAGAAACGUAAAAUAUAUGAUGCUAUGCUCGCGAAACAUACAUGGCUCGAGACGAAUCGCGCCCUAUUGGGACAGGCAAAUACCCCGUACGAUUUCAGAUCGGUUUCGAUACCGAACUGCCGGGCUGAGCUACAGGAAGCGCAAAACAUGCUCCCCAAACUCUCCAACAAAGUGAACGAAGCUGUUAUGACAAUGAUCGAUAGCAUGGAAGCCAAGGAGUCGGAGCUGCGCACACUUAUCAAAACAUUAGCCCGGGACCGCGCCAACAUCGAGAGCACACUGAAUAGCAUCAACGAGAAAAAGGACGAGGCUUUACGCAGAACAUAUGCUCAAGUCAGUCAAGACCUGGGCCGCAUUUUCGGCGACUUGCUCCCAAACUCGUCAGCGCGCCUCGAUGCUGUAGACGAGGAGGACAUCACCCGCGGUCUGUUGAUCCGUGUCAGACUCGGUGCGGUAUGGAAGGAUGGCCUAACAGAACUGUCUGGCGGUCAGCGCUCGUUGGUCGCUCUGUCGCUUAUUUUGGCCCUGCUGCAGUUCAGACCCGCUCCCAUGUACAUCCUGGACGAAGUCGACGCCGCGUUAGAUCUACACCAUACCCAGAACAUUGGCCAUAUCAUCAAGACAAGAUUCAAGGGUUCGCAAUUCAUUGUCGUUAGUCUCAAAGACGGCAUGUUCACAAACGCUAAUCGGAUUUUCCAAACAAAGUUCGAAGAAGGUAAAUCUAAGGUUUUAAUCAAGCAGUAG